GAGAGAAAGUUCACGCGCUGUGCGGAAGUGUCGCCAGGGAGACAGAGAGAGAGAGAGAGAGAGAGAGAGCUGAGCUUCGACAAAACCACGAAAUAAAGACAUUCAGGAGGUUUAAAUCUGUUUUUCCUCUCGAACUGGAGUGUAUUAGAUGAAUUCGACAGAGUUGGAUUGCUAGCUGAUCUAAAGACGAUGAUUUUGUGAAGCUCUAGCUGUGUAAUGAUUUACUAAAACUGGUCAGGGAUGGGAAACUCGGAGAGCCAGUACAGCAUUCAGGGGUCUCGGAGCAGUAGCUUUACGCUCCCUAACAGACAGAAGGCCUAUUCAGUGAAGCUCCGUUCUUCCAAAGAAGAUAUUUUGUCGCCUCACGGCUGGUGGAGGGCAGGAUCGAGGGUUUCCGGCUUCAAAUCCAAAGCAGCAUCUCGUGGCUGUUUGUCACAGCACAAGUCUAAUCAGUCGUCCAUGUCGAGGCAUUAUGACUACGUUGCCAAAGGAAAAGAAGCAAAGAGAAGGAUUAACGGCCAGUGGAACGGUUCAUCAAGACCACACAUAAUGUCUGAGAACAGUCACAUUGAGAAAAACGAACAGGACUGCAAUGGUCACACUGUAAACGGAUACAAGACACCCGAGAGGAAGCCCAAGUCCGAGGAACUGGAAGAUCACAGCAGCCCGAGAGUCGUGAUCAAGAGUGACGGCACUGUUCGGGUCGAGUUUAGCCAGAGCUCUAAAAACUCAACGCUUCCGGAUGAGAACGGAGGUCCCGUCCAGCUGCUGAAGUUUUCCCCGACGUCACACUCCAUGCCCACCCCGGACCGUGACUCGGCUCCAGCAGCGAACAGCCCCAUCAUCAGGACCAGCAAACGAAGCUCACUGAGCUCAGAAGGCAGCUGGUAUGACUCGCCCUGGGGGCCUGGUGCCGAGCUGAACGAAGACGACGUCGGCGCCUCGCCCAACAGGGUAUCGGAAACGCUUCCCUCCGUGCGCAUCGAGUACUUUAACAAACAGCUACCUCCUUGUCAUCUUUACCGCGAUCCCGGCAUAGCCACCACCUUUCCCAUCGCCAAAGAUCUGACGCUUGCAAAUGAGACGCCGUUCAAACACAGGUCCUCGUUUGUGUGCGUGAUGGAAGAACCUGUUCUAGAUGAAUCCUUGGGGGCAAGGCAGUACUCUUCCUUCACAUUACCGUGUCCCAAACCCAUCACGGAGAACAACGGAAAGAAGGAGACGAUCAGGAACAGAAUGAGAAGGCUCAGUGAUUGGACGGGGAGCUUGACCAGAAAGAAGAAGAAGUCGAAGUGUAUCCGGGUCAGGGUGGGAGCCGUAACUCCACUCCACAACAUGAGCAGACGCUGUUAUCCAGAGCGACGUACAACAUACCCAGAGCAGCCUGGGGAGCAGUUCGGGGAGCCGAGAUAUAAAGAGCCUAUCGAUUGUUUCGACAGUGGUAUAGACGGUCUAACAGCUGACACCAGCUCCCCCUCUCAGGUGUCCAGUCUGCUGGGGUACCCCAAGGUUCAGUCUCGGGGCCGCUCCCAGUCCCAGGUGCUGCCCUCCUGCGCCGGUUCAGUCGGCGCCCUCAACCCGGGCACGGACGCUUUACGGCAAAACAUCUACGACAACUUCAUGAGGGAGCUGGAGACGAGCCACACGGCGGCAGGAAGCGGCGAGGAGAGAGGCGAGAACUCUGCAGAGGACACGGAGAGUAGCAGUCAGGAGACGGUGGGCUCGCUGGAGCAGCUGGAUCUGCUGUGUGAGAAGGAGCAAGGCGUGGUGAGAAGAGCCGGCUGGUUGACCUUUAAGCCUCUGCUCACGCUACACAAAGACCGCAAGCUGGAACUGGUGGCCAGGCGCAAGUGGAAACAGUACUGGGUGACUCUUAAAGGCUGCACUCUGCUGUUUUAUGAGACGUAUGGAAAGGGUUCUCCAGAGCAGGAGACUUUACCAAGUUACGCUCUGCUGGCGGAAGACGGGAUAGUCCAGGCCGUCCCCGAACACCCGAAGAAGGAGAACGUGUUCUGCCUCAGCAAUGCCUACGGUGACGUCUACCUCUUUCAGGCCACUAGCCAGACGGAUUUAGAGAACUGGGUUACUGCGAUCCACUCAGCCAGCGCGUCUCUGUUCGCUAAGCGCCAUGGCAAGGAGGACACGCUGCUCCUGCUCCGAGGACAAAUCCGCAGUCUGCUGCAGAAGAUCGACAUGGACGGAAAGAUGAAGAAGAUGGCGGAGCUCCAGCUGUCGAUUGUAACCGAUCCAAAGAACCGGAAGGCCAUCGAGAACCAGAUCCAGCAGUGGGAUCAGAACCUGGAGAGGUUCAACAUCGAUUUGUUCCGCAUGCGCUGCUACCUGGCCAGCCUGCAGGGAGGAGAGCUGCCCAACCCCAAGAGCCUCCUGGCCACCGCAAGCCGUCCCUCUAAGGCUGCUCUCGGCCGUCUGGGAAUCUUCUCCGUCUCCUCUUUCCAUGCGCUGAUCUGCUCCAGAGACGAGGCCACGCUGAGGAAGCGUUCGCUGUCUCUGUCUCAGAGAAGCCGCAGUAGGAGAGGAGUGUUCUCCUCACUCAAAGGCCUGGACAGUUUGACCAAACGCAGCCGAGACAAGAGACCCUGCGCCUCACAGGAUUGCAUUUCCAUGAGCUACUGCUCUCACACUGCUGUUCGUGAGGUGUUUGACAGUGCUGCAGGAGAGCAGUUGAGCUUCGUUCCUCCGUACAGCAGAGAGAGACUGGACACUCUAGUCGAUGGUUACUCACUAGCUCCAUCCACUGGCAGUCAGUGGGACCGAGGCGUGACAGAGAAGCCUGUGUGUGUUUACAUGCCCGACUAUCAGGUGGUUACAGUGGCUCUGAGUGGACAGCACACAGUCACGGAGGUCCUGCACGCGGCCUGCAAGGUGCGGAACCUGGACCCCAGUAUACACUGCCUGCGUCUGCGCAGAUGCGUCAAUGAUCGAAUGGAGGUCUGGACUCCAGCACCACACGAGAUCCUUCAGGACUUGUUGUAUGAUGAGUUGGAGGUCAGCGCUCUCUGUGUGUACACUCUCCACAUGACCAAGCCCACAUGCACAGGGGAUUUUGGGUUUGCUGUUGCAGGACAUGUGGACAGUCUCAGCCACAGCCGCAUCUUUGUCACUGAAGUUCUCUCAGACGGAAUCGCCUUCAGUGCUGGUCUGAGGCCGGGUGAUGAGAUCCUGGUUCUGAACGGCUGUGAGGUCUCAUCUCUGGACCUGGCUGUCAUUCAGACACUGUUCAGUGAGAACACGCUGCAGCUGACCAUCAGACGAAAACCCACUGGCCUGACACACACACCCCUAACACACACGCACAGCAGCCAGCAGUCAGCGAGGGACUCCCUGUACCGCCAUCACAGAGCCAAGUCUGCUACAGACUUGUCGUGUGUGUCCGAGGCCUCGGGCAAAGCCGAUGUAGAGACGAGGCAGCAGCAUCGGCAGAGCCUCAGAUCCGUGCAGCACAGCAAGAGCGUGGAGACGGUGUGCACUCUGUAUCACUCCUUCCAGGACGCUUCUGGAGGACUAAUGGAGGUCCAGAAGGAGACGGCGGGAUCAAACGCCGCCCUGCUCAGACCCUGUCCACGACACAUGUCCGUCACUGAGAGACUGCGCAAAGUCGUCCAGGAGUUAGUGGACACUGAGAAAUCCUACGUCAAGGAUUUGAGCUGCUUGUUUGAGAUUUAUCUGACGCCCCUGCAGAAGGAGACGUUUCUCACCCUGGAUGAGAUGGAGAGUUUGUUUGGGAGUCUGCCAGAAAUGCUGGACUUCCAGAAGGUGUUUCUGCAAACCCUGGAGGAGAGAAUCGCCUCCACUCCGGACUUCAGCACACUGGAGACCCCCGUCCAAUUCAAGAAGCUGCUGUUUUCUCUCGGUGGAUCGUUUCUCUACUACGCCGAUCACUUUAAACUCUACAGCGGCUUUUGCGCCAACCACAUCAAGGUCCAGAAGGUUCUGGAAAGAGCUAAAACAGAUCGAGCCUUUAAGGAGUUCCUGGACGCGAGGAAUCCCACCAAGCAGCACUCGUCUACUCUUGAGUCCUACCUGAUUAAACCAGUGCAGAGAGUACUGAAGUACCCUCUACUGCUGCGAGAGCUGGUGUCUCUGACCGACACGGACAGUGAGGAGCACUAUCACCUCACAGAGGCCUUGAAGGCGAUGGAGAAAGUGGCCAGCCAUAUAAAUGAGAUGCAGAAGAUCUACGAGGACUACGGUGCUGUGUUUGACCAGCUGGUGGCGGAACAGAGUGGCUCAGAGAAAGAGGUCACAGAGAUUUCUAUGGGAGAGUUUCUCAUGCAUUCCUCAGUGAUGUGGCUAAACCCACUCCAGUCUCUGGGCCGCAUGAAGAAGGAACCGGAAUUGACCAUAUUUGUGUUUAAGAAAGCAGUGAUCCUCGUCUACAGAGAGAGCAAUAAGCUUAAGAAGAAAAUGAAUGUUCCACGCUCUGCCCACUCUCAUGGAGAUCAGGACCCAUUUAAAUUUCGCUGGCUCAUUCCUCGCUCGGCACUGCAGGUCAGACUGGGCAACACUGCAGAAAGCAACUGCGUCUGGGAGCUGAUCCACACCAAAUCCGAGCUGGAGGGCCGACCUGAGACUGUGUUCCAGCUGUGCAGCAGCACACCUGAGAGCAAAGUGAACAUGGUCAAGGUGAUUCGCGCCGUUCUGCGAGAAAACGUGCGCAGAGGGAUGCGAGGGACCAAGCGGCCAGCUGAGAGACCCUGCAAAGAACAUCUUGCUCCUCUGAAGGGAAGUUUACCUUCAACAGCUAAACUCGGUUCCUCUCGUGCAUCGUGGUUGUGCCAGAAGCCCAUCAGCAUUGAGUCUCUUGCCAAAAGUGACACACUGAAGCCUGUGCAAUUAGACUCCGAUUCAGCAAGUGAGAGCAGCGGAGACCCGCCCCCUGCCUCAUCAGCAGACGCCCUGCCUACUAACUCCACCCUCAGACACGGCGGCAUGAGAGAGUCGGACAUUCUCAGCGAUGACGACGGGUUCAGUGAGCGCUUGGCUCACCGUGACUCCACCCCAGGGUCGAUUGAGACUCGGUUCCACGAGCUGCGCCUGAACGACGAGACCCGUGUGGAACCCGAAGGUCGUGAAGUGAACUCUCCCGAGUUACAGCCUCAGCUGAGACGGGCUCACUUCAGCGCCGUGAGGCGGCGGUCAGCGAGAAGCGAGCCGAGACGCAGCCAGGCGGCGCUGCUGAGCCUGAGGCAGCACAGCUGCUCUCUGGACAGCCAGGCGGAGUCCGCAGCAGUCAGCGUCGACCUGAACACGAUGCUAGAGAGGGACUUCAGCGUCCACAGCCUCACCUCCGUCAUUAACGAGGACUGUUUCUAUGAAAAUGCCACAAAGAGCAGCGCCACAGCUAUGACAUCAUAGCGACAAAUCUGUACACUGUACGACAUCUGGACAAGGAAACGUUAAAGUUCAGUAAGGUACUUUAAAGGCUUAAAAAUCUAACUUCAGUGGCUUUCCGAAGCCACACCCCCACAUUCAUUUCCGAAUACGUGGGAAACACGAUGGACAGGCAGAGAGACGGACGCUUGGUCGUCCACUUCACCCAGAAUCACUUACCGCACCUUUAAUAGUCAGAGCAACAAGUGACUCGCGUCACCGAACCCAUGUUUACCUUCAAGAACAAUAAUCCAGAUGUUGCAGCAUCUGUUUAUUUUGUGCCUUUUUAGCUGUGCUUGUAUUUUUUUUAAUUUGUAAAUGCUUUUAAGCUUUAUGUUAUUUAUUGAUAACUUUAUAUUCCUUUUGAAUAGGAAACCAAAGCACAGGUUAAGACUUGAGUUUUUUUUGUUUGUUUUUUUUCCUUGAAGUAAAACAUUUGCAUGAGGUGCGAGACAAACACAUGGAUUGUUACAUAAAUUGCCUUAAUUAGUAAGGCGGCGGUGUGUGACGUAUGGAACAGUCGAGCAGUCCAAUAUAAUCAGUGCUGAACAUACUUCGUGGUAUGGCGGCUGGUACUCGCUCAAAAAAAAAAAAAAGUUGUUUUUUUUUUUUAAACCACACCAAAUAUGUAUAGUAUUUUUAUGAACAAUUUAGUGUGUUAUGGUUUAUCAGUUUGGCAUUUUAACAAUUUAAAAAGUGCUGUAUGUAAUAAACUGAUGCCAGUGAUGUACAGUUGUGUUACAAAAAGGUUUUUAAAUAAA